AGAAGUGAGAUUCAAGCAGGCAAUGUGAUUGAUAAAUCAAGUUCGUGGGUGCACGCGCUGGGACAUAUAUCUCCUUACGCAUAUUCUGCUGUGGGCAUCGGCAUUGCCAUUGGGAUUUCUGUAUUGGGUGCUGCCUGGGGCAUAUUUAUAACGGGGAGCAGUCUUAUUGGGGCGGCUAUCAAAGAACCUCGCAUUACAUCUAAGAAUCUGAUUAGUGUAAUCUUUUGUGAAGCUGUGGCUAUAUAUGGAGUUAUUGUGGCUCUUAUUCUACAGACAAAGCUAGAGAGUGUUCCAUCUGCAAAUACAUUUAAUGCAGAGUCUAUGAGAGCAGGGUUUCCUAUAUUUGCAUCUGGCAUCAUUGUGGGUUUUGCCAAUCUAGUUUGUGGAGUUUGUGUUGGCAUAAUUGGAAGUAGCUGUGCCCUUGCAAAUGCCCAAAAUUCUUCACUAUUUGUGAAAAUUUUAGUAAUUGAAAUUUUUGGAAGUGCACUUGGGCUGUUUGGCGUAAUUGUUGGAAUCAUUAUGUCAGCUCAAGCAGCAUUUCCAACAAAGGUUCAAUAGCAACGGUUUCUGCUGUGAAAGUCUUCUUGGAGGGCAGUGGUUUUCAUGCACCAUGUUUUUACAUUGCAUUACAUUAGAUAAGUAUGUACUGAAAUGAGUUGAUUAUCUCUCAUUUAUGUGUACAAUCAUGGCAAUCAUAAUAUUUUAAUUUCAUCAGUCACCAGCCCCUAACUUCCCAUUAAGAAGUUAAGCA